GCGAGAAUCCAUUGAAAAAUGGCCGCAGAUAUUGAUUCCCUCCAACAAGAGAAUGCAAAACUGCGUUCGUUGAAUAUGCUGCUGCAGGAGUCAUUGGUACAAAAGAGGGAGGAAGUAUCAUUUAAGGAAAUCAAAGGAUUUCCAAGCGCGGAAUGGCUUCUAAGCGUUUCGCAGGAUAGUGAAGAUAGCGAUUAUUUAUUCGUUAAGCAGCUGAUGUUCCGAUUGUUUCCACAUGGAGUUGGAAACGCAACACCCUCCGGCAGGCCAUCCAACAACCCAAAGGGCCGAAACAAAGGAGAGGGAAGCAUGGAACUCCCCGUUCAACGAACCAACAAGCUUGAUCCGGACAAGCUGUCGUAUAUGAAAGAUCGCCUGUACGAGAGACGACGGAUUCUCCAGGAUCCCGUAGGGAUCGCCAUGGAAAAAUCAAAAAUGAUCAACAAACAUAUUGUGGCUGUAAUCGCUAAUAAUCCAGCACUGCGCAACAUCUCGAAGCCGCAAUAGGACAGGGUAGACAGGGU